GUCAGAGGGUUGGAGGCGGAGGGGGUUACCUUUCCUACACCCAUCACUAGAAAAGCGGGGUGCGUAACGCCACCCCUUCACUUUGAGAGCGGAUAUUGGCCGGUUCUCUUUCUCUCCUCUUCCUCCUUCAACCUUCUUCCCUGCACUCUCUCAAUCGGCUUCCAUCAGCCUUCAUGGUUCUGAUCUCACCCCACGCCAUGCAAGCCACCCGGGCGUCCACCACCGUCAGUGUGGUUUCAGACUGUGGAAUCCCGGCCGGGCUCCGAAUAGGUCCGGUCCCUGGCAUCUUUAAAUUGGGGAAGUACCUGUCGGACCGCAAAGAAGUUGGGCCAAAGAAAAAGAUCCGUUUGGUGCGUGAAGAGUGUUUGGAUGAGUCCGGCUGUCCCGUGUCAGACUGGAUCGGAUACAUCCGAGCCGCCAGAAACACGCAAGAACAAAAUCUAGAGGCUGUGUCUGACCUACCUGGUGGACAGAUAUUUUACCGCGUGAUGAGAGAAAUUCCUGCAGGAGAAGAGCUCAGUGUUUGGUAUUCAAACGCUUUGGCCCAAUGGUACGACAUGCCCACGACGGCCACCCCUACGCACGACGAGAAAGGUGAAGAGCGCUACAUCUGUUGGUACUGCUGGAGAAUCUUUAAAUACCCCAACACACUCAAAGCCCAUGUGCACUUCCACUGCGCGCUGAGCAAUGGGCGCGGGUUCGUGAACAGCGAGCAAGCCAGAGGCACGGAGAACUUCAGCAGAUCUCCAAAGUCUGGAGACAUCCCCAACACCUCUUGCUCACCCAGGAGCUCUCAGAGCAUCUCCUCCAUCUCCGACUCCAGCAGGAGGUCACUGACCUCGCCUUUCUUGGGCAAGGCCGGACUGGUGAAAAAGAGUAGCUCAGAGGAGCAGGACAGAGCCCUGGACAUGAGCGUCACUUCAUCGCGGAACCAAGGACACAUGCUCGGCCUUGGCGUAGCAUCUUCGAUGCUGAGUUCUAUGGGCUUCCACCCGGGUGUCCGCUCCGCAUUCAAGCCAACAGGCGUCGCGAAGGUCCCAGUGGUUGACGCGCAUCGAGAGGAUGCCAGCUCCAAGAUGGGUGCCUUCGGCAAAGUCAUCGGGAACAUGAAACCGAUGCGAAACAUGGUUGGCGAGACGUUAAAUGGAAGCGGGAAUCCCGCAGCAAAGUGUGCCCCAGGUAUAGGUGACGCUCCAAGUAUGGUGCCAUGUUCCAACGCCAUCAGAGGCUUCCCGUUGCUCCCUCAUAUAGAGGAAACGUCGGCUUUCAAACACGUUGAAAGCCGAGUGCAUGCCGGGCUGUCCCCCUCCCGGUACCCGCAUAUGCACCCGGGACUCCACUUCGAAAGGUUCUCUCUGCCCAACUUCGACGGCGUCAAGACUUACGGUGGAGACUGUAAUAUCCCCCUGAUGCCCUUCACUGUUUACAACGGAGAGUUUCUGUACAGUUCGCCAUAUUACCCUCUUAAAUUCCACUUCAGCAAUCUCCUCAAGUACCCAGAGUCCAUGCCCUACUUUGGCGCACCUUCUCUCAGUCAAGACAUGCAGGGCACAAUCACCAACAUUGAUCGGGAGAUAGCUAUGCACACGCAACAGCUGUCUGAAAUUGCCAAUGAGAAGAACCGGACCAGACUGGACCCCUUGCCCGCAGGCAGCACCAGCAACUCCAACUCCGGCAAACCAAAAAAGGGACACUUAUGUCUGUACUGUGGCAAACUGUACUCCAGGAAAUAUGGCCUGAAAAUCCAUAUGAGGACUCACACCGGCUACAAGCCGCUCAAGUGCAAAGUGUGCUUCAGGCCCUUCGGUGACCCCAGCAACCUGAACAAGCAUAUUCGGCUCCAUGCGGAGGGCAACACCCCCUACAGGUGCGACUUCUGUGGCAAAGUUCUAGUCCGGAGGAGAGAUUUGGAGAGACACGUCAAGUCCAGACAUCCCGGUCAGAGCGCCAAGAAGCUGGAAGACAAGGCGGGCCUGUUCGACGACGCCGAGCUGAAGAGCGACAAUGACAGCGACGUGGACGUCUGCUUUACUGACGACCAAAGUGAGCCUGAAUCCAGCAAGAAUAACGACUGAGACUCAACUCAAAACAACAAUAAAAGACAAUGAAAGAAAAAAUAUGAACAUUAGUAAAUCUGGCUUUGAAUCCUGCCCUCCACUCCUCCAACAUUUUAUUUAUAUCCCAAUCCUUCACACUUUGGACUGACAGCCAGUUUGAUUCCAAUUUAUUGAUAUUUUUAUUGUCAAAGGGACGUUUCUCGUAAUAAUACAACACCAUAAAUAAUCAAGUCAUGUCAUAGACUCUACAAAUGAAACUUGGUGUUUUGAAAUGCAAAAUGCAGUCAAGGUUGUUCCAGUGUUCGGCUUUCUAAAUUCAACAAACUGUUUUAAAUAUGUCAUGACUUUAGCUUGUCUUUUUUUGUAAUCUUUUUUGAUAAAAGAGGGUCUUUUUUUAAAUACAUCUUGCUUCAAAAAAGGCCUGCUUUUAAACAAGAGCCACUGCAUUUCAACAAAACUGGAAAAAUGCCAAAUUUGUUAGAAUUCUUUUACAAGUGAAUGGUAAAACGGGCAUAUUGGCCUACUAUUCCCAAUAACAUUUCCUUUACAGCGACCUCAACUGCACUUUAAGGAAAACAUUUAAUUGCAACCAAACCGCUGCCUGGUGAUUAUUAUGACAAUUAAACCUAUUUCCUUUACUUCAUUCGAUAUCCAGCUCCUUGCACCUCUCUAAUGAAUACACAUACUUAAAUUUGCACUUUCUCGAGGCACGCUGUUCUUAAAGAAGCAAACAGCUGUUUUUAUUUAUGGAAUUAUUUCAGAAAAAAAAUGUAUAGAUCUAUGUAAACUAUGAUAUUUCACAUUACAGUGUUGUACAAGCGUGUUAAUACCUCAUUUUGUCAAUGAGGACAAUAUUAUAUCCUUGUCUUAAAUGUGGCUGUCUUUCUUAAAUAAAUCAUACAAAAAAUUGUGUA